UGAAAACAUAAGGAUAACUUUCGACUGUUAUUGGCUGACUAUUCGCGCGUUUCCCGUAAUUCUUUCACCGGAAUACCAUUCGAAAUUCUUAGGUUCUGUCGGUGGUUCGAUUUGUUAGUCCUUCUGAGUCAGUAUUUAACCAAUUGAAUACCAUUUUUUUUUAGUGGAAGGCAUAAUCGUCGAUUAUAUCUUUGAGUAAUCUGCGAUUUUGCAGACCGCGAGUCCAAGGAUUACUAUCGGCUACUUGAUUUAUCCGUAAUACCAAAAUGAAUUUAUACACUCACAUCCAGCAUUUGGUUUGUCAUAUUUAAUGCUCCAGAAUAGUUAACACCAGUGUAAAUAAGAGUUCACUGUUAGUUCUAAGUUCGUUGUGUUCCACUUUGAGGAGUUUAGAUAUAAAUUCAUCUGUGUCCCGACAGCAGUUUCUUCGGAAUUAGGAGAAAUUGCCAUUGGACUGAUUUUGAAAUCAAGGUCUUGCUCUGUGCAAUAGAUUUGCCAUCUUUUUGCCCCUUGUUUUUAACAUAAGAACACGUGUUCAUUUUAAUGAGCAAGUCGGUAAUUGUUGUGGCGAAUUUAUUACUUUGAAUUAAUACGUAAAUUGUUGGUGGUCUUGAGCAUUUUCAAGACUAUACUCAGUCUCUCACUAUGAUUGUUACUACAUUUUUUCUAUUUCUUUACCACUCACCUUUCCAAAUCAAUCUGCGAAAAUGUUGUAGGUCGACUUGAAAUAACGCUUAUGCCCCAGGUUUUACGUUUGUGCUUGUAAGUUGGGAUCUUUGUAAUCACAUCUCACCGUGUCAUCCAGUUAUUUUUUCGAACAGAAGCACUUAGUGCCAACCUUAUCCUUAUUCAUAGACACAAAUAGAGGUGAUUAUAUAUUUUGUAAUUUGACCAACUCAGACAGAAACCACAUUUAUCUCAACUUUCGAGACUUCUAAAGAAAUCCGUUUCCUGCUGUACUCGGAAAACACAUUAUUGUUAUUACCUAUAAUUUGUGUUAUUUUUAUCAGAUUCCAUAAUAUAAAUCUCUGUGCUUUCGUUUUAGGUACUUCUGUUGACUUAUCUAUAGUAAGGUAUCUAUUAUAAUGGAAGCUUUCCUCACUGGAUUCAAACAAAAGCCCCAAGAUAAUAAACGACGCAUAAAUAGUCAAAAACACAUCCCUUGGGUUGAAAAAUAUCGACCAAAAACAAUAGAUGAAGUAGCUUAUCAAACAGAAGUUGUUAGCGUUCUUCAAAGGUGUAUUGAAGGUUCUGAUUUGCCAAAUUUGCUGUUUUAUGGACCACCGGGAACUGGAAAAACGUCUCUGAUCUUGGCUUUGGCUCGUCAACUUUUUGGCCCUUGGUAUUCAGAACGUGUUUUAGAAUUGAAUGCGAGCGAUGAACGCGGGAUCAGUGUUAUUCGAGAAAAAGUGAAGGCUUUUGCUCACAUCGCUGUUAGUAGUAGUACUAAUAGCUCUGGUUCAAGUUCAACUAAUAUACCACCAUAUAAAUUAAUAAUCUUAGAUGAAGCUGAUUCUAUGACAGCACCUGCACAAGCUGCUCUACGUCGUACAAUGGAGACUGAAAUGAGAACUACACGGUUUUGUUUAACUUGUAAUUAUGUUACACGAAUUAUUGAACCAAUCACAAGUCGAUGUGCAAAGUUUAGAUUUCAUCCUUUAGAUAAUGAAAUUGCACGUGCUCGUUUACGUUAUAUUGCAGAUGCAGAAAAUUUAUCCAUUACUAAUGAGACAUUGGAUCAUUUACUGUCACUUUGUCAUGGUGAUUUACGGCAAGGUAUCACAAUGUUACAAUGUGUUCAUCAGUUAAUUAUAUCCGUCGAUGAUUCCGAUGUCGGUUGUCGUUCUUCGAUUACCUCAAAAGAAUUAGAUGAGGCUGCAGCUGUUGUUCCGAGUGAUUUAAUUAAAAAUCUUAUCAAAACAUCAGAAAAUGGUAGUUUCGAUGAUUUACAAAUCAUUAUCAAAAAUUUAUUAUUGGAAGGUUAUUCAGCACAUCAGACCACUUAUCAACUGCACGAACAUAUAAUCAAUGAUGACAAACUAUCCUGCAUUCAAAAAGCAUCUAUUUUAGAAUCUCUUGCCGUUGCUGAUUCUCGACUAAUUGAUGGAGCUGAUGAAUAUUUACAACUUCUAUCCGUCGGAGGGACUCUACUUAAAACUAUCCAAUCAAAUUAAAAGAUGCAUUUAUCUUUAUAUAAUGCUCUUUUUCUUUUUAAAAUAGAAUCGAGCAAGUAUUGUAUGAUGAUGAAUAAAUAUUUCAGAAAUACUGUCACUUAUAACUUUAACAAUCGAUUUUGUUUAGCUUAUAGCUUUUUCACCAUGUGAUUUGUUUAGGUAAUAAAAAUUACAUGUGUUAACAGUCUAUAGACAAUUUUCAGGGCAGUACAUUACAUAUUGUUAAGUGAUGUUCUGUUAUCUGGAUUGUGUAAAUAACAUUAUACUCUUUUAAAGCAU